AUGAAGAAGCAUUUUGGCUUCAACAGUAAGGAGCCUGUAUUGUUCCGGGACUCCUCCACCAGCCCCUGUGGGGAGGGUGGUAAUGGAGUCAACCAGCAGCCCGGGUACCACAUCCGAGACAAGGAUCUCGGGAAGAUACACAGGGCAGCCUGUGAGGGCAAUGUGGCCAGAGUGCAGCAGAUCCUGCUGCUCAGGAAAAAUGGCCCCAAUGAUAAAGACAAGAGGAACAGGACUGCUCUGCAUCUGGCCUGUGCCAGUGGCCAUCCAGCAGUGGUGACUCUACUAGUAGAGUGGAAAUGCCAGCUUAACCUUUGUGACAAUGAGAACAGGACAGCGCUGAUAAAGGCUGUCCAGUGCCAGCAAGAAGAAUGUACCAGUAUUUUGCUGGAACAUGGUGCCGACCCAAACCUCGUGGAUGCCAGUGGCUGCACGGCCCUCCACUAUGCUGUCUUUGGUCAGAAUAUCUCCAUCGCAGCAAAACUGCUUUCAUACAAUGCUAACAUUGAAGCAAGAGACAAGGAUGACCUUACACCACUUUUACUUGCUGUCAGUGAAAACGAACAGCAAAUGGUGGGAUUUUUAUUAAGGAAUCAAGCAAAUAUACAUGCGGUUGAUAAGAUGAAAAGGAAUCACCACAUGAUUUUGGAGUAUAAACGAGAAAUGGGACCUAAAACUCCUGCUCAAGAUAGUAACCUAGAUCUAACAACAGAGGAGUCUCCAAGGCAGAUAUCAAGAGAAACAGAUUCGACACAAGUGCAUGAGAGUUCUGAAGAAGACUCUUUCAGCAGUUUUUCCAGCAAACCUCAUGUUGAUGAUACAUGGCCUACAUCAGAUACAGUCACUGAUUUUGAUCUCGAGGAAGGAGACAAAAAGCCAGGAACUGAGCCAAAAGAAACCAGGACUGAUGUUAUGGAAAGUAUCCCACAAGAGCCACCAAAUCUUGACCAUUUUACCUCUGUUGAUGGAGCACACAGUGAGAAUAGAAGUGGCAAGUCGUCAGCUUUAGGAUUAGAGGAGGAAGAUACUGAGUCAUCUUUGGAUUCUGAGCGUGCCUCUGAGAGUCUUUCACAAAAAACUGUGUAUCAUAUAUCCAGAGCUGCAGAUGAAAGAGGGAAAAAGAGGGGAAAUAAAGAAGUUGAAGAUGUGCCUUAUAUACCUUCUUGCACGAGUGGAUCAAGCAACUUAAGAGGGCUCAACAAGAGGAUCCAAGAAAUGGAGCUAAUUGAUACACGUCCAUUUUGCCUUUUAGCUUCUCCUGAAAAUUAUCCUCACUUGAAGCCUACAGUUGGAGUGAAAGAUGCUGUUCCUAACAAAACAGUUGGAACGGAGGAUUUACAAGCGUCCAGAUCAGAUUCUGUUACCUUAUGUAAAAUUCAGGGUGCAGUUCUUUCAAGUGAAAGAUCACUGGAAGUUAAAAACAGCCAAUGUGAAGUACUUGAAGCAAAAAUCAAAAACAUGGAAAGUAAGAUCAGUGGCCUACAAGCAGAACUAUCAGGAACAAAAGAAGUGCAAUCCCAAUUAGAGCAACAAAAAGUGGAGCAGCAACAAGAGCUCUGCAGCUUGAGAUUAUCCUUAAAGCACGAAGAAGAGCAAAGAAAAAAGGCAGAUAUGUUAUCUGAAGAAAUUAGAGAGCAGUUAAGAAGAAAAGAAGAGCAAUGUAGUAAAGAAACUGAAUUGAAACAGCAACUUGAACUCACUCUUGAAGUACUACAAGGGGAAUUGAAGACUGUGAGAAAUAAGGCAAACCAGUUGCAAGAAGCACAAGAUCGAUAUAUGGAGGCCGUGAAAUGUACUGAGAAGAUGCAGGAUCAAAUGCAAAAGCUUGAAAAGGAAAAAGCCAAGUUAAAAGCUACAAACAAAAUGCAAGUGGGCAAAAUUGAACAGCUUCAGAAAAACCUGCUGAGUGCAAGCUUGGAAGGAGACAAAAAGCCAGGAACUGAGCCAAAAGAAACCAGGACUGAUGUUAUGGAAAGUAUCCCACAAGAGCCACCAAAUCUUGACCAUUUUACCUCUGUUGAUGGAGCACACAGUGAGAAUAGAAGUGGCAAGUCGUCAGCUUUAGGAUUAGAGGAGGAAGAUACUGAGUCAUCUUUGGAUUCUGAGUGUGCCUCUGAGAGUCUUUCACAGAAGUACGUUGAUCAUUUAUCUGGAGCUUCCGGUCAAAGAGGUAAAAAUAGAGUAAAUGGAGAAGUAGAAGAUGUGCCUUAUAUACCUUCUUGCACGAGUGGAUCAAGCAACUUUAAGAGGGCUCAACAAGAGGAUCCAAGAAAUGGAGGCAUAGCAGUGGCCCACAUGGCUUCUCCUGAAAAUUAUCCUCACUUGAAGCCUACAGUUGGAGUGAAAGAUGCUGUUCCUAACAAAACAGUUGGAACGGAGGAUUUACAAGCGUCCAGAUCAGACCUCCCUCAGUCUAGUGAUCACAAAAGCCCUUUUGAUUUGCCGCUUGCGUACUCCAAGGAGAUGAACCCCAUGAUUCAAAGAAAAAAUCAUGAUAUUUCUGCUGUUAAAAAAACUUCUAAUAAAACCAAACUAGUACAGGAUUGGUCCAAGAAGCUGUGGUAUGCAAGUAAUUUCCAUGCUAAAAAAAGGAAAAGCAUCAAACCCGAAUUAGAAACUUGGAAUUGUCCACCAAAUAGUAACAGAACAUCCAAAAUAUAUUUAAAGGAAGAAUUACAGCAAUCUAUGCAAAGGUGUAAGAAUAAGGCUGAGAAAGAAAAGCAGCAGCACAGAAGCAGUGUGAUGGCAGUAUCAGAAAACAAACAUGGCUCCGAUGAUGACAGUGGAUUAAUGCAACAGGGAGAGAGAGGAAAAACUAAUAACCAGUGGUUUCCUACUAUGGAGAAUGGAGAUUCUGAUAGCAGCAGUUCUGGCAUGCAUAUGAAAGAAGUAUGGAAAAAUGAAAGAGAAAAGUGGUCAUCAAAAGAACCUGUGAUUCCACCAAUAUUUGAGAAGGCUGAUUCACUGACUGUUGAUUUACUACACGUGAAUGAUGACAGAAGCUUAAGUGACAGAGAUCAGGAUGAUAGCAGGCCUAUGAAGAGAACACCUAAUGAAGAGAACAAGGUCAAAGAGCAAAUUAAUUCUAUGGAUGACUUUGAUGACUUAACUCAGUUACCUGAAACAGCUUCCAAGAAUUGUGAGUUGCUUUCCUCUAAAUCUAUGAAUGCUAUGUUGCUAAUUGAACAACUUGGCGCGGAGUGUAAAGUUUAUCUGUUUCACUCUGCUCCUCAUGUUUUGUAUCAGAAAACAAACAAUGGCUCCGAUGAUGACAGUGGAUUAAUGCAACAGGGAGAGAGAGGAAAAACUAAUAACCAGUGGUUUCCUACUAUGGAGAAUGGAGAUUCUGAUAGCAGCAGUUCUGGCAUGCAUAUGAAAGAAGUAUGGAAAAAUGAAAGAGAAAAGUGGUCAUCAAAAGAACCUGUGAUUCCACCAAUAUUUGAGAAGGCUGAUUCACUGACUGUUGAUUUACUACACGUGAAUGAUGACAGAAGCUUAAGUGACAGAGAUCAGGAUGAUAGCAGGCCUAUGAAGAGAACACCUAAUGAAGAGAACAAGGUCAAAGAGCAAAUUAAUUCUAUGGAUGACUUUGAUGACUUAACUCAGUUACCUGAAACAGCUUCCAAGAAUUGUGAGUUGCUUUCCUCUAAAUCUAUGAAUGCUAUGUUGCUAAUUGAACAACUUGGCGCGGAGUGUAAAGACCUCCCUCAGUCUAGUGAUCACAAAAGCCCUUUUGAUUUGCCGCUUGCGUACUCCAAGGAGAUGAACCCCAUGAUUCAAAGAAAAAAUCAUGAUAUUUCUGCUGUUAAAAAAACUUCUAAUAAAACCAAACUAGUACAGGAUUGGUCCAAGAAGCUGUGGUAUGCAAGUAAUUUCCAUGCUAAAAAAAGGAAAAGCAUCAAACCCGAAUUAGAAACUUGGAAUUGUCCACCAAAUAGUAACAGAACAUCCAAAAUAUAUUUAAAGGAAGAAUUACAGCAAUCUAUGCAAAGGUGUAAGAAUAAGGCUGAGAAAGAAAAGCAGCAGCACAGAAGCAGUGUGAUGGCAGUAUCAGAAAACAAACAUGGCUCCGAUGAUGACAGUGGAUUAAUGCAACAGGGAGAGAGAGGAAAAACUAAUAACCAGUGGUUUCCUACUAUGGAGAAUGGAGAUUCUGAUAGCAGCAGUUCUGGCAUGCAUAUGAAAGAAGUAUGGAAAAAUGAAAGAGAAAAGUGGUCAUCAAAAGAACCUGUGAUUCCACCAAUAUUUGAGAAGGCUGAUUCACUGACUGUUGAUUUACUACACGUGAAUGAUGACAGAAGCUUAAGUGACAGAGAUCAGGAUGAUAGCAGGCCUAUGAAGAGAACACCUAAUGAAGAGAACAAGGUCAAAGAGCAAAUUAAUUCUAUGGAUGACUUUGAUGACUUAACUCAGUUACCUGAAACAGCUUCCAAGAAUUGUGAGUUGCUUUCCUCUAAAUCUAUGAAUGCUAUGUUGCUAAUUGAACAACUUGGCGCGGAGUGUAAAGAUUCUGUUAGCGUAUUGAAAAAUCAGGAUUCAGUUCUUUCAGAUGACAGUUUACUAGAAAUUAAAAAAAGCCACUAUGAACUACUUACAGGAAAAAUUAAAAAAAUGAAAAGUAAGAUCAUUGGGUUACGAAAGGAGCUAUCAGAAGCAAAAGAAGUGAAAUCACAGUUAGAACACCAAAUACUGGAGUGGCAACAAGAGUUCUACAGUUUGAGAUGCACCUUAAAACAAGAAGAGGAGAAAAGAAGAAAUGUUUAUAAAUUAUACAAAAAAACUAGGAAGGAGUUAAGAAGAAGAAAAGAGAGAUAUGAUAAAGAAGCUGAAAUAAAACAGCAACUUGAACUGACUGUCCAAGCACUGGACAUGGAAUUGAGGGCGGUGAGAAAUAAUCUGAACCAGCAUGUGGAGUUUGCAGGCAGAUCCAAGCCACCACAGUUGCAGGGUGAUGAGAGUCAAGAAAAAGCAAAAGAACUGUUGUCUAAAAACCACAUGUCACAGAAUGAAAUUGCCAUGUUAAAACACGAAAUAGAGGCAGUGGAAAAUCAUAACCAGGAAAUGGAAAAGAAAUAUUUUAUGGACAUGAAAAUUGUAAAAAAGAAGUAUGCUGAAGUUCGAAAGACAAUAAAACUUAAUGAGGAAACAUUAACAAAAAUAAUCUUGGAACGCAAUGAACUGACAGCUGAGAAUGCAAUGCUGAAGUCUGAACUGGAGAAUGAAAGACAAAAUAAAGAAAGACUGGAAAGGCAAGUUGAAUCAUACCGCUCUAGAUUGGCUGCCACCCAUGAUCAAGUGCAAAGUCAGACAUCAAAAAGAGACCUGGAACUUGCCUUCCAGAGAGGAAGAGAUAAGUGCUUAUCCUUACAAGAUGAAAUAAAUUUGGAUGUGUCUAACCUGAAAGAUAAUGAGAUGCAUUCCCAGCAACUGUCUAAGUCUGAAGGAAAAUUCAGUGGCCUAGAAACCGAGCUCCAUCACAGGAGAGAUGCUCUCAGAGAAAAGUCUUUGGUGUUUGAAACUGUACCUGUACAGAGAGACCUAAGUCAAGCACAGUGUCAGAAGGAAAUUGAUCACAUGCCUCCAAGUGAACAAGGCAAAGUGAAGAAGUACAUGGACAAACAGGAAUCCUUGAAGGGGGGAUUAUCCCAACUAGAGAGUGAAAACCUCUUGCUGCGACAGCAGCUGGAUGACUUGCAAAACAAAAAAGACAGCCAGCAGAAAAGGGUAAUUAAUAUCCUGGACCAGUUUCAGGAUACUGUGAAAAGUCUUCAAGCCCAAAGUGAAAAACAAUAUCUGAUGCUGGAGGAAAGAAACAAGGAGUUAACUAAGGAAUAUAGUCACCUAAAAGAGAGUAUUAAUCAGUAUGAAAAUGAGGCAAUGGAAAGAGAAGUGGUUGUGGGACAACUUCAACAAGAACUGGCUGAUUCCCUAAAAAAGCAGUCCCUGUCUGAGGCUUCAUUGGAACUAAUGUUACGUGAUUGUGCUAAAUUAGAAGAUGAGAGACAGGAUUUAAAGAAGAAAUUACGUCAAAUGACAAGUAAAUUGCAAGAAGCACAAGAACUACAUAUAGAAGCUGUGAAGUGUGCUGAGGAGACCCAGGAUCACAUGCAAAAGCUUGAAAUUCAAACUGCCAAGUUGAAAGUGAUGAACAAAAAGCAAGUGGGCAAAAUUGAACAGCUUCGGAGAAACUCACUAAGUACAAGUUUGUCUGAGCAAGAAAAGGAAGAAUUAAAGCAACUUAUGGAGUUAAAACAGUUUCUGGAAAGCCAGUUGGAUCGGCAAAAGAAGAAAAAUGAUGGAUUAGAAAAAGAGAUUACUGGAUUGAAGGAAUGCUUGGAAAUGGCAAGAAGGGAAGUAAAUGAAAAUGAAAAAGGAGAGCUUAGUGCCCAUGGUGUUGUAAAAAUCAAUCCAACUGAAAUGGAUAUUCAGAUAGAUACGCUAAAACAUAAGACACAAACAGCAUCUCAAGAAAACUUAGCGCAAUAUCUGGAAUCUGAACGCUCCAAAGAAAACACUUCUCAUGAAUCUUCUUGUAAAACAGAAUUGGAAAAAUAUAAGCAACUCUACCUAGAAGAAUUAAAAUUGAAAAAGUCACUGGAAAAAAAACGAAACAAACUUCACAGGACUAAUCGGAGGCUGGCUGAAACCUGUAUGAAACGUCUGAUGGAGAAAGAGCAGAACAGAUCUUUACUCCAAACAUUUACUACAAGUCCUGUCCUGGAGCCACCUGGUGCUGAAAAUAUUCAUAAUAGCUCUGGGUUCAGAAGAAAUAUUACAACAAGAAAAAACUUAAAGUUUUCUACCUCACAGUCAUUGGACAGCAUUGUGACUGCUUUGAUGAAGAGUCAGCGGGAGAUGGAAGAAAAUAUGAAUAAAGAACUAGCAGAAGCCACUGCCGAACUUGAUUCUUUAUACCAGAGUGCCUUUGGACUGAGAUCUAACGGAGACCUUUUGAAAACAUCGCACAGCCAUAUGUACAGAUUCUGAAGAAAAUUUAUGUUGUCUGAAAAAUAGUAAAACUAUCUAUUGGACAGUUAACAUAUUGUCUUUGUUGGUUCCUAUUAAACAUGUUGUAGAAAUCCUUAUUGAAGGAAAUAUUUUUGUAUCAUAUGUGUAUGCGAAUUUAUAUAGUAUUUUCAAUCAUUCUCCUUUGUAUCUAACUUUUAAGUAGAUUUUGUGAAUAAAACCCAGAACUCUCCAA